AGCAGUCGACUGACUCAGACAAAGAGUGUCGCUGACGUUGUGAGGUUGUGCUUCUCUCGGGAAGAUCGCACAACCAUUCACAUUUUUGUGCAUAAAAAUAUUACAAAAAUAUAAAAAAAAAUAUAAAAAAUCAAAAAUUCAUCCAAAAAAAUCGAAAAAGUGAAAAAGUAGAGCAAGUUGCAAGCAAAAAAGUUGCUACGUGUACGGAGGACUGGCGCAUAUAUAAAUUUAUUGGCGAGACAUUGCUGGGAAGGUUGGCUUAAAAGUGAAAGCGAACAAACACUGAAAAAUGAAUCCAGGAGGCCCCAACUAUCAAAUGGCGUCUUUGUACGUCGGGGAUUUACACGCAGACAUUACCGAGGCAAUGCUGUUCGAAAAGUUCUCAUCGGCUGGUCCCGUACUUUCGAUCCGUGUCUGCCGCGACGUGGUUACCCGCCGUUCCCUUGGCUAUGCCUAUGUCAACUUCCAGCAGCCAGCAGAUGCUGAGCGUGCACUGGACACUAUGAAUUUUGAUUUGAUCAAGGGACGUCCCAUUCGCAUUAUGUGGUCGCAACGGGACCCUUCACUGCGUAAAUCCGGUGUCGGCAAUGUUUUCAUCAAGAAUCUGGAUAAGAACAUCGACAACAAAGCUAUGUACGACACUUUUUCAGCGUUCGGUAAUAUACUCAGUUGCAAAGUUGCUCAAGACGAGAAGGGAAAUUCAAAAGGCUACGGAUUCGUUCAUUUUGAAACGGAAGAAUCGGCCAACACAUCUAUCGAAAAAGUCAACGGUAUGUUGUUGAAUGCGAAGAAAGUAUUCGUCGGACGUUUUAUUCCUCGCAAGGAGCGCGAGAAGGAGCUGGGAGAGAAGGCAAAACUGUUCACCAACGUUUACGUCAAGAACUUUGGCGAUGAACUAAGUGACGAAUCCUUGAAGGAGAUGUUCGAAAAGUAUGGUACCAUCACCAGUCACCGCGUAAUGACGAAAGAUGCCAAAAGCCGUGGUUUUGGAUUUGUUGCUUUCGAAAAUCCGGAAUCCGCCGAACAAGCUGUCCAGGAGCUUAAUGGAAAAGAACUCACCGAUGGCAAAAUUUUGUAUGUUGGGCGUGCUCAGAAAAAGAAUGAGCGUCAAAUGGAACUCAAGCGCCGUUUCGAACAGCUUAAGAUGGAGCGCUUGACGCGUUAUCAGGGCGUCAACCUGUACGUUAAGAAUUUGGAUGAUUCCAUUGAUGAUGAGCGUUUGCGUAAAGAAUUUUCACCAUUUGGAACCAUUACUUCGGCGAAGGUAAUGUUGGAGGAAGGUCGCUCUAAAGGAUUUGGGUUUGUUUGCUUCUCUGCUGCUGAAGAAGCAACCAAGGCUGUCACUGAGAUGAACGGCCGAAUCGUUGGAAGCAAACCGUUGUACGUUGCACUGGCUCAACGUAAAGAAGAUCGCAAGGCACAUUUGGCCUCUCAAUACAUGCAGCGCAUGGCCAAUAUGCGUAUGCAGCAUAUGGGACAAAUCUUCCAGCCAGGUGGUAAUGGUGGAUAUUAUGUACCAACAAUCGCGCAGCCUCAGCGAUUCUACGGUAAACAGGUCAGCCAAAUUCGAACCACUCCUGGAUGGUACCGUACAAAUGCGAAUCAGAAUGCCGUCACGGCCAACGCUGCUGGAGGUGCUUAUCCAGCAAUGGCAGCAGCCACCGCUGGCAAUCAAUAUCGUCAAGCAGGAAAUGUCCGUGCUAAUCAGCAGCAAGCUCAGAACGCCCAAGCUGCUCAAGCCGCUUCCGUCGCCAUGCGUAACUCUGCUCGUCCGAUCACUGGCCAGCAGGCCGGUGCGAACAUGCAGACUCGCCCCGUUGCUCCCCAAAUGCCUACCAAUCAGGCCCGUACGGCUAAUUAUAAGUACACCCAAAACAUGCGCAAUCCGCCUGCUCAGCCCGUUGCUAUUCCGACUCAACCUGUCGCUCAACAAGCUGUACAUGUUAAAGGACAAGAACCGCUCACUGCUACGAUGCUGGCCGCUGCUCAACCGGCUGAGCAGAAGCAGAUGUUGGGCGAGCGUUUGUUCCCGCUGAUCGAACCGAUGUAUCCAUCGAUUGCAGGUAAGAUUACCGGAAUGUUGCUCGAGAUUGACAACUCGGAGCUUGUCCACAUGUUGGAACAUAGCGAAUCCUUGAAGGCUAAGGUCGACGAAGCAGUUGCCGUGCUACAUGCUCACCAGCAAAAGAAUCAACCGCAGUAAGAACUACCAUCAUCGUAACUAUUAUCAGCCAACAAGUUAGAUGCGGCUAUAGCGUCUAUGAAGAAAAACAAACCCUACAAAUUUAUCGCAAAAAUGAGCUCUAAGCCAUUAUUUUCCCCCACUAUAUUCAAAAACCUUAAAUUCAUACAAACAUACUAAAUUAGCGUAAGAUUGGCACAUUUCAAAAAUAUUUUAUUCUGCGACGUAAACUAGAUCGGAAACUGGCCAUAUAACCACAGUUAUACGCCAGUGGGAGUAUAACUAUUAUUCAUUUUUCGAAUCUGAUGCUGGUAAGUUGACUAGAGAUACCAAACAGCAUCAGUGUACGGCAAGGAUUAUAAAACACAUUAUACAUAUUAGUCUAUCGUAAUUCAAAAAUUCAAUUCAAAAUACGCAUUAUUUUUGUAUAGCCGCACUAAUCCUAAUUUAAACGAGAAUUCAAUAAACUGUUGGUAAGCGCGAUGGAGUCAAGCUGCAAAAUUUGGGGUGUAUUAUGUUUGCUUCUAUCAUUUUUAGUUUUUUGGUUUAUUGUGAAAAAAUAAUAAAAAAACAUGCAUAAAAAUAUAUAUAUUUCAUAUAUAAAUGAACAUGUUAUGCAUAAAUAUAUAUAUUUUAUGUAUAAAUAUAUAAAAUAUACAUAAAAACAUAAAACGUAAUUUAAAAAUACAAAAAAAUGGAAAAAAAAGUUUAUUGUACUCAGUAGGGGAUUGCGACGAUAACCCCCAGUAGGACCAAAAUGACUUACGUGGGAAUGUGUGCGCAGAUUCGUUGUUGAGGCAAUUCUCAAUGAAAACGAAUAUAACAACAGCCUUACUGUUGAAAACGUUCUAUUGGUUUUCUGGCUAAAGAGUGGUGGAUUCCCAACCUGAACUAGGCCGCGGGCAGCGACUAUCGAUCGAAAAAGCGAUCCAAGGUUUUCAACAGUAAGGUGAUACGACAAUUAUCUUUGAAAUAAAAAUAAACGAAGAACUUCGUGCAAACGAGAGAACAGCAAAAGGAAAAUUAAGAAGAAGAAGAAGAAAAAAACCAUUGAAAAAAUCCUUACAAAUCAAAUAAUCACAACAGAUGCGACAGUCUCACAGAAAAGUUAUGAAAAACUUUUGAAAACAACAAAAAAAAACUGUAAAACAUUUAAAAUCCAGACAAAAAAUCGAUCUAUCAUAUAGCAAAAAAUGAAAAAAAGAAAGAAAUAAAGAUGAUCAUAAAAUGCACCAGGACGCCUGACACACUAGAGCGUAUAGUUUGGCAAGGACAUCUUUUUCAGUUCGUAUUCUAAUCAAUGUGUGUUAACUGGUAACUAAUUUGGAAUCACGGAUGUCGCAUGAAGAGCCGCGACAAAGUUUGUGUUUCCUAAAAUGCUUGCAUGUUUUUGACUAACGUUUGUCUUAUUAUUGUUUGAUUGGCAGUUUCAAUGUUACGCUCCCUGCGAUUUUUAUUUUGUUUUUGUCAUCUAAUUUCGAGAAGAAAAAAAAAGGAAGAAUCAAGUGAGUGCCCAGUUACGUGGACCUAAAAAUGAGCCUUUCCAUCAUUAUCACCAGCAACAGUAGCAGAAGAAAACACAAUAUAUGGCAUGUAACACUUAUUGGGCAGAACAUCGAAGCCCAGUUGCUGAGCUUUUUAAGUAAUAUGUAACCGAGAACUUAUUCGAUUUUUGUUUUCUAAAUGGGUAUCAAUGCAAGCAUAGUAAUUUAACUUCAACAAUAUUUAAUAUUCGUUUCUUUUCCUUCAAAAGUUGGAUACGUUUUUCAAAAUCGAUAUUUUGGUAUUGCUUUGCUGCUAUGGUCGAGCGUAAUUCCUCUGGAAAUUCUAAAAGAAACCCGAUUUCAAAGUUUUAAAAGCAGAUAGGGACGAUGUAAUAGUUAAUUCAAUUUUUAUUUAUCCUAAACAAGAACAAAUUGCACAAUGCCAAAAUUUUCCAUGUGCUAUCUACCAUUAUUAGCAUCGAUCGAAAGAAUAGCAGCUAACAUAUAUUUUUUUUUCAUUGACUAAACUAUGUUCGACAUAAGUCAAUUCACAAUUCAAACAACGGUUAAUUGUAUUUUCCUCUAAAUAGUGAAAAAUCUAAAAUAGAACGAUCAUCUAGGAUUUUUUGUUACGUAACUUUAUCCGUAUUUUGUAUCACUUGGCUAAAUUCAGUAAUUUGUGACGAGUAUUAACUCAUUUUGCAGGGAAUAAAUUUCAUGUUAUUAUCCAAUGUAUCGUCGGUUUUGAAUAUUGUCUAAAUUUCAAUAAAAACUAUAUGCUA